AGUGAAAUAUAAACGGAAAAAAAAUAGUGCUCGCAGUUAUUCACUGUGCCUAAAAAGGGAGCUCUAGCUUUUCAAUUGCCCCUCUUCAUCUCCACAGCCGAGCAGUCGAAGUCGAGAUGGCGUCACCAAGUGCUCUUAGUCUGACUACUCGGUUCUCAAAUCUUCAAGGCUAUUCACCCCUCCUCUGCAAACCGGUUCCCAAUACAAGUCAAGUAGGUGUCUUGAACCUAUCACGUGUUGACUAUAGAAAGGUUGUAGAUAAGCGUAGACCUCUAAGGAUCUAUGCAUUAUUUGGUGGAAAGAAGGAUAAUAACGAAAAGAGUAAUGAUGCUCCUUCAAAGGCUGGUAUUAUGGGGAACAUGCAAAAUUUGUAUGAGACUGUGAAGAAAGCACAAAUGGUUGUCCAAGUUGAAGCAGUGAAAGUACAGAAAGAACUUGCUGCAGCAGAGUUUGAUGGUUACUGUGAAGGUGAGCUAAUCAAGGUAACAUUAUCUGGUAAUCAACAACCUAUACGCACUGAGAUUACAGAAGCAGCUAUGGACUUGGGGCCUGAAAAACUUUCUCUUCUGAUUACGGAAGCAUACAAGGAUGCACAUCUUAAGAGUGUCCAAGCUAUGAAAGAGAGGAUGAGUGAUCUUGCCCAAAGCUUAGGGAUGCCACAGGGACUUGAUGGAGGGUUCAAGCAAUGAUAUCUCUUUUGAGUUUUUUUACAAUGUUUAAGGCAAAAUGUACCCCUAUUUGUCCAGCGGAUAUGAUUUUUGCUAAUUCUCUAAUUUAUUUUAUAAAUGAUAAUAUUUAUUACUAUUCUGGAAAAGAACAUGGCGUCCACAUUU